GGUUCAACAUCGCAUCAUCGCAUGUAAAAUUUAAUAUCGAACUGGCUUGGCGCCAAAUAAAUAUUUACAUGUGCUUACAAAAAUCAGGUUACUGAGGAAAAUAGAGCCACUGCUUUAUCAAGAACACCAGGUAUGGCGAGCACCUGUGAGCUGCCUCGCAGUGAAAAUAUCCCCGUGGACUCAGAUGUGCCCACAAAUGCAGGAGACACCUCAAAUACCAGCGACACCAGCACCAGUGAUACUAGUUCGGGUACCACACUGACUGCAGCUCAGCGGGCUCGUAUAGAGCGACAGCGGCAGAAGGCACGCGCUCUGCACGAUGCGCGACUUAUUAAACUUCAUCCUGCCGUUAAAGAAGCGGUAUCCUCUUCAGUAGCUGGCACCCGUGCUCGCGACACAGGCGGCGGCUUCCUUCUAGAGGAAGAUGAGCCUGAGACCAAGAUCAAGAAGGUCCAAGCACCAGCCCCAGUGGUCCAUGAGAGUGAGCAGCCACACUGCUUGGAGUGUGACAAACCGUUCCCCAUGUCUUACCUGUUUGACACGUUCGACUACAGCGUGUGUGAUGAGUGCAGGAAUGAUGAGACCCACUCGCUCAUAACCCGCACGGAGGCCAAGACGGAGUUCCUGUUGAAAGACUGCGACCUGGAUAAGCGGCCGCCGCCGCUGCGCUGUAUAAGACGUCGCAACCCACACAAGGCUCACUACAGCGACAUGCGGCUCUAUCUGCGGGCUCAGGUGGAGGCACGCGCACUAGAAGUCUGGGGCAGCGAGGAAGCCUUAGAGGCCGAACACGAAGCGCGCGAAAAACGCCGCGAAAAAGCCCAAGAGACCAGCACGAAACGGAAACUGCGCGAACUUCGCAUGGCGGCCCGUUCGUCGCUCUUCGAAGGAAGGAAGGCCAUACAUGGCCAUACGCAUGAGUGGGGGGAGGAGACGUAUGACGAGGACAGCGAUAGUUAUAGUAGAGUGUGUAAGACGUGCGGACAUACAGAGACUUAUGAGAAGAUGUAGGUUUUAAUAGUUGUAGUGUGUUAUUUAAAGCUGCCUUAGGUGAUCUUAACAUUAAAUGCAGCUCUGAUCGUUAUGUACCACCGCCCACACCGUUAACUGUCCAUCGGUAAACCUUAUUCAUCAUCAUCAGAUAUGAUAAGCCAGAGGACGUCCACUGCUGGACAUAGGCCUCCCCCAGAGAGUGCCACAAUGACCGGUCUUGCGCCACCCGCAUCCAGCGGACUCCCGCGACCUUUACCAGGUCGUCAGUCCACCUUGUGGGGGGUCUACCCACGCUGCGCCUUCCGGUACGUGGUCGCCACUCGAGAACCUUUCCGCCCCAACGGCCAUCGGUUCUACGGGCAAUGUGCCCGCCCACUGCCACUUAAGUUUAGCGAUUCGGAGGGCUACAUCGGUUACUUUGGUUCUGCUGCGGAUGGCCUCAUUUCUGAUGCGAUCACGCAGAGAGACUCCAAGCAUAGCCCUCUCCAUUGCCCUUUGGGUAACUUUGAGCCUUCUUAUGAGGCAGGCACACCCUUAAACCUAAAGUUAAAAGUGUUGCUGUUUGUACAUACGUCGCUUUGUCUCGCUCACAGACCGGACCGGCGUGCGAAUCAUCUUCUGUGUGAUAAUGUUACAAAAUUGUGAAAUGUAGUAUUGGGAUCCCAUUUAUAAGCAAAUUUUAUCGGCAUCGAAGCCUCAGUGGAUUAGUAUUAAACAUUAAAAUAAGUGUUGUAUGGCAUUUGAUCAAUUUUAAAUGAAAAAUGUGCACUGCCAUUGUUGUAAUAGGUAGUAAUAAUAAUUUAAUUUAAUGAAAAAUGCCUGAUUUACCACAGUUACCUGUAUAGAUAUAAAUCAUGAUUUGUUUACUUACCUUCAAUGUAUUUAUAAGCAUAAAGUAUAAUUUUAUUAAUUCGAACCUUUUA